CCUGCACGCCCGGAGCUAGAGGCAGAGCCGCCGCCGGAGGAGCCGGUUCCAUGCCCGCUAGAGCCUCCUGCUGCCGCCGCCUCGUCUCGCAGCUCCGGCAUGGACGUUAGGUUUUAUUCCUCCGCCCCCACCGCCGUAGGCUCCCUGCCCGGGGCCGACCCCACUUGCCUCGGCCCCCUGGACUAUUACCACUGCAACAAGUUUGAUGGGGAGAACAUGUAUGUGGGAAUGAAUGACAAUAACCAGGAAUUCCUAUCAGCAAAUCAGACAUAUAAUGGUCAAAACGAGAAUAAUGAAGACUAUGAAAUCCCUCCUAUAACUCCUCCUAAUCUCCCAGACCCCUCACUCCUUCACUUGGUGGAUCAUGAAACUGGAUAUCAUUCACUGUGCCACAGCCUCCCUCCAACUAGCCUGAUACCAACAUACUCCUAUCAAAACAUGGACCUUCCAGCCAUCAUGGUAUCAAAUAUGUUGAGUCAAGAUGGACAUCUCCUCUCUAACCAACUACCUACUAUCCAGGAGAUGGUCCAUUCGGAUGCCACUUCCUAUGAUUCCAACCGUCAAGUUCCCCUGAUCAAUCGACCAGGGAUGUUAGCCGGUCCCAUGACUGCCCUCAGCCAGUCACAGCUGAUUUCUCAGAUGGGUAUGCGGAGCGGUGUUACCCAUGGUUCCCCAUCACCCCCAGGAAGUAAAUCUGCUACACCUUCUCCCUCCAGUUCUACUCAGGAAGAGGAGACAGAAUCACAUUAUAAGGUUACUGGAGAGAAGAGACCAUCAGCAGACCUGGGCAAAAAGCCCAAAAGCCAAAAGAAGAAGAAAAAGAAGGACCCAAAUGAGCCACAGAAACCUGUGUCAGCUUAUGCCCUGUUUUUCAGAGACACACAAGCGGCUAUCAAAGGGCAAAACCCCAAUGCUACCUUUGGAGAUGUAUCAAAAAUUGUUGCAUCAAUGUGGGACAGUUUGGGAGAAGAACAAAAGCAAGCAUAUAAGAGGAAAACAGAAGCAGCGAAGAAGGAGUAUCUAAAGGCGCUGGCAGCCUACAGGGCCAGCUUGGUUUCCAAGAGCUCUGCCGAUCAGGGUGAGACGAAAAGUGCCCAAACCAAUCAACCUUCCAAAAUGAUACCACCAAAACAGCCCAUGUAUACUAUGCCACCCCAGGCCUCAUCACCUUAUCCUGGUUUAGGCUCAUUCCUGUCCGCAUCAGAUCUUCAGAGUUACCGUGGACAUCCUCAUCCCAGCCUCUCCAGAACCCUUAAUUCCAAACCCAUGUUGCCUAGCAUCAGUGCCUCGCCACCUCCUUCUUUCCAGAUCAGUCCUCCUCUCCAUCAGCAACUGUCUUUGCAUCACCCACAGAGCUCCAUCCUCAAUCAAUCACUCAACAUGCAGCAGGUCCCACAGCAAUCCAUCUUGUCUCCUUCCAUGGCACUACAGGUACAGCCCCCGAUGAGCUCUUCACCUCCAGGGCAGCAGGACUUUUCACACAUUCCACCUGAGUUUCAAAACAGUGUCGGACCUCGAUCACCUGGUGCAUCAAACCCCCCAGGAAAUAGUGAUUGGGAAAGUGAUUACCCAAGCAGAGAGUGUGGAAUUAACCAUUGCAGCAUGCUGCCAAGGGAUAAGUCACUCUACCUCACCUAAAACCUGACAUCACUUUUAAAUAAGCGUCAAAUGAAGGACACUUAAGAGGGUCUUGAACAUGGACCACCUAGAGGGACAUCAAGCAAGUCAGAUAGGCAAGAGAGUUGAUCUAAUGCACCUCGUUGCUGGUUUCAUUUCCAGGCUCUAAGAGCAGUUUUCUUUCAUUAUUUUAACUCUAAAGUCUCCUUUUUGUGGAAGCCCAAGCCUCAUAAAUCAUGAAAAAGAAAAAAAGUACAAAAACAAAACAAACAAAAAUGUAUAAGGACACAGUUUUUCUGCUUGCCAUCAGCUUAGCUAUGGACUCUUUUCCUAGUGAACUGCUUUUAGUUGCAGCAUAGGCCAAGGAUCUGGUGUCCUGAAACGUUAGGCCAGCUCAAUAGGAGGAUGCACUCUUGACUUGCUAACAGCACUAAACUUUGUGCAAAAAAAAUGUGAAAUUUGUGUGAAUAUUGUACAUGCAAAGGCCUUGGAUGUCUGACAAAAAAAAGUAAAAUAAAAUAAAAAAGUAAAAUUAUUCCUAGGUAUGUGGGUGGACAGAGCAACUGGCAAAAUACAAGAAGGAAAAUGUGAAAAAGAUAAUGACAAAUAUAAUUUGAUGGAUAGUUGUAAGUAGUUUACUAAGUGUUUUAGAACUGUGCUAAAGACAUCUUUAAGAUUUUUUUGUGAAAAAAAUUAGUAGUUUACUUUAUAGUAAAAGCAUUUUAUAUUAAUUGUAGCACAUUUUUUAGUUAUACAUAGAAGGGAGAUGUGUAUAAAAACAAAACAACAACAAAGCCUGCCAAACUUGUUUCUAUUAUUUGUACAGCAAGAAAUGGACAAUUUAUAUCUAUGUUGUAUGGCAUUAUUAUUUUUUUCAGCCAUAUGUCCAUCUAUUUAAAAUUGCUGACAAUGAUUUUGUCUAUUUAUGAAGAAUUAGAAAGCAUAAUUACAGCUUAUCAUAAGGUGCAUUUUUUGGGGGGGGUGUUAUUUUUUCAAUGGUGCUGUUUUCUCAGCACCUGCACACUCAGUUCAUAAUGCUUAUUUUACCUUUCUUUAUAAUAAAAUAUAUGAAAAGUAGAAAUAAA